GACAAUCCCAUCCGAAGGCACCGACGCGGAGCAACUUUCCCACAGCCCAAACAGCGCCCACAAGUAGCGCCCCCGUUUGCGGCAGCAUCGGCGAGUUUGCGCACUUUGCCUUUCGCGUUUCCCCCAGCUACGGGGACGAGUUUUCGCUGCCAUUUUCGAGUCGGACCUGCAAGCGAAAACGGGAUAGAAGCCAGAGUGCCUUAAAACACGGGGCGGAAUCCAAGAAAUAGACCUCCAGCAACAACACCCCGAAUCAUUCUGGACUCAGUGAGGGGCCAUCCUCGUUCCCAAACCUGUGGUCACCGGGACCCGUGCCAGCCCUGCCAACUCCCCACGCUUCUUGCCACCCGCAGUUUGCCCGACAGCAACGUCCAAAGUACCGGACGCCAUUCGCGUGUCUCUUCCCUCCCCAGCCUCGCCGAUCGCGGUAUCAAGAGCGACGAGGGUCGGUGAGCCAUGGCUUCGGCAUCGUUUCGUGAGUCAAUCAACUCGCUAGGCUGGUCGCGCCGUGAUGCGGACCUGCCGGUAAACACAUCGCGGCAAGGCGGUUUUCUGUCAUCGCUGCAGUCUCUCAACCCCUUUGCCGACCGUGGCUAUGUCCGACUGCCGACCACUGAAGGCGCGGGGGCCCCUUUACCGGCGCCUAGCCGCCGCGAGGAGGAUGACGCGUGGUUUGCCUUGAGUCGGUGGGAUCGUCUGCUGAUUUUUGGUGCCUGCAACCUCGGGGCGCUUGCCUGCUUUGUUAUCUGCUUCGCCCUCUUCCCACUCAUAUCUCUGGGAAGGCCGCGCAAGCUAGUCGUCUUAUGGACCCUGGGUUCGAUCCUCUUCCUCUCCUCCUCUGCUGCCAUCAUGGGCCCAUUGGCAUACUUACAGCACCUCGUCUCGACGCCACGGCUGCCGUUCACAGCAGCCUACUUCGGGUCUCUCGGACUGACCUUAUACUUUUCCAUCGGCUUACAAAACACCUUCCUUACCCUGCUCGCAGGGCUUAUCCAACUGGCCUCCCUAGUGUGGUAUCUCGUGAGCUACUUCCCCAUGGGCUCCAGCGGAUUGCGCCUAGUAAGCAGCUUUGGGGCCCGCAGGGCCGCCGCCUGGAUGACCAGCUAGCAAGCUAGCACCAGGCGCCAAGCGCCCGGAUGGCCUCCGACCCUACGAAGAGUAGCCGAUGUGGUUAUGACCGUCAGUGUAUGUACGUACUGUACUUGUCCGCCCCGUGAAAUAGUCUUUUUCUUUUUUGAGCUGCACCAUCCCAUGUAUCUAAGGCUCUGGCGUGGUUUCGAAGAACGUCGAUGGUCGCCCG